GGUCCGCUGGAGGCUCUUUGAUAUAUAGACGAUACGAUCCACUUAAAUGCAGACUAAUGGAAAUUUAAACGCUAAACAGUGGUUAGCUUAUGUUAUUUAAAACAUACAUACAUGGAAUAUUACUAAAAAGGCCUGCCGGCCAAUGGCAGAAGCAAUCUGCGUUAUUGAAGACGACGUCAGUGUUGACAAAGCUACACCCUUGUUGGCUUCGCAGCAAAGAAGUUAUUUAAAAGAACAGGUCUGGGAAGAAAUAUUUCAAGAAAAAUGUGCUAUUACUGUGCAACAAAAUGAAAUUCUGCAUGUAAAAGAUAAUGUUGAAAGCUUUGUUUCAAAAGUUAUUCAAAGAGCUCUUAAUAGCGAUACAUACCAAAAUUUUAUAAGUGCAGUUGAUAAAAAAGACCUGAUUCAAUUUAAUGAACAAUGCAGCGAAGAAAACCUUCUACAAAUAGGAAGUUUUUAUGAGGGUACGAAAAACAGUUACCCUAACGAGUUCGACUUUAUAUUUGUCCUUACAGAAUAUUCAGCUAAGGACUACACACUGUUACAAAAGCUAACAUCAGACUUGUCAGAUCUGUUUCAUGAAGAGCUGAAAAACGUGAUAUCGGGACUUAGUCUUAAACUCGAUAAGGUAUUUGAACAGUUCAGUUUAUCCGGACAGCAUGGACCAGCAUCAAAAAUUAAACUUGUAUUUAAAGAAGCCGCAGCGUUACGCGAACGGAUUGUUUACCUCGAUAUUUCUGCAGCGUCGAGGUGGCAUUUUGAAACGUGUUUGCCAAAAGAAAUAGAAGUAUGCUGUAACGAAUGGAUUGAAAUGAUUCUAGAGACCGGAAGUGCUCUUGUUAUAAAGGUUUACAAAGCCGAUCAUCCAAAACACAAAACGGAGGUCAAGAUCACAAUCACCGAGACGGAACAGAACUUCGUAAGACACGCAAUGACGGAGAAUCAUCGGAAGGUGUACAGAUUGCUGAAAUAUGUUUUCAACGGAAACGACGGCGCGAAUGAAACAUUAAAGAUGCUCAUAAGAAGACCUGACAACACACAUACAAGUUCCAUAGCUUUUAUUGGAAAGAAAGUGAGUCCAAAAAUUGUGUACGAUUUGCCUUCAUAUACAAUUAAAACGCUUAUAUUUGAUCACGUGCAUCGGUGUCGGAACGCGGAAGAGGGCAUUGCAGAAUGCCUCACUGAAGUUCUUAAAAGUUUGUUGGCAAAAUUUGACGGAACUAAAUGUGUGUCUGUAAAGACAAUGUUAAGACAACCUGUAGAAAUUACGGAUGAUUCCCUUUCUACUGAGGCAGUUGGUAUGAAACUGUCCAUAUUGCUCAAAACGGCGGAAAAUGUAGAACAAACCAGAGAAAUGAUGCGCGCUGGUUUAGAAAAACAAAUACCUUUCACCGAACAGCAAAUAGAUACUGUAGAAACUGUUCUUACUUUAAAAGGAUGCAUAUUGGGAUAUUCUAGAGUGCUUUUACUAACUGUACCAGCCAUCAUUGGAAUAAUUCUACUAACAAUAAUUGGCAUUAGUGGACAGCUUUGUGUUGUAAGUCCUACUUACUCCAGCAAUAAAUCCAUUGACGUACAAUAUUGUUGUAUAGGAACGAAAGGCAUAUCAGAAAGAUGGAGAAAUGUGACUUGUUCGAAAAGUAACAUUUUCUCCAGACAUUCAGAUGAUAUCGCAUGUCUGUUGGGUUGGAAAAGGCGUUUGCUUGCAUGGCAUUGACAGCUGCAAAGAAUGCCGAUGUUGGUAACGGAGAUGUCUACUACGCAUGGAAUGAUGUUGCACUAUGCUCAGAAAACGUCAGUAAGGUAAGUAAGUUC